AUGGAGGAAAAGGGCCUUAUCUACGAUGUGAAGCUGUCGUCGAUCGGGCCGGGCAACGUGACGGGCCCCGACUCGAUCUUCGAGCCCGGGAGCAUGGGCCUGGCCAUGAAGCUCCACUACCUGAGGGGCGUGUACUACUUGGAGAGGCCUGCGUUCGAGGGGCUGAGCACGCUGGAGAUCAAGGAGCCCAUGUUCACGUGGCUCAAUCAGUACCCGCCCACGUGCGGCCGCUUCAGGAGGGCCGAAUCGGGCCGGCCCUAUGUCAAGUGCAACGACUGUGGCGUCAGGUUCGUCGAGGCCAAGUGCGGGCAGACCAUGGCCGAGUGGCUCGAAGCCCAAGAUCUCACGGCCCGCGAGGCCCUGCUUCUCACUAACCACUCUAUUGGGCCCGAUCUCGCUUUUUCUCCCCUCAUUUACAUACAAUUAACUAAAUUCAAAUGUGGAGGAGCGGCCGUGGGCCUGAGCUGGGCACACCUCUUGGGAGAUGCGUUCUCUGCUACAGAAUACAUGAACUCCUUGGGCCGGGUUGUCGCGGGGUGUGGUCCGAACCGGCCUAUUAAUCUCGGCCACACUACACCAAAGCCCGUAAACUCCAAUGGGUGGCCGAAAGUAGUGGCGGAACCUCUUUCUAUUAAACGGGUUGAUCCGCCAGUUGGAGAUGAUUGGACCCUCUUAUCUAGUACCAAGAUGGACACAUUCUCUUUCGAUGUCACGCCCAUGCAGUUGAGCCAGAUUCAAACAAAAUUGGGGCUUGAGUUCUCGUCUUUCGAGGCAAUUUCAGCAAUCAUGUGGAAAUGCAUCGCCAAGACUCGGGUCGAGGAUUCCGAACCGAGAAUCGUGACUAUAUGCAAAAGGGAGGAGGAACACAAGAACGCGACACACUUGAGAAAUGGUCAAGUUGUGAGUGUGGUGAAGGCCGCGGGUUUCUCAACGGCGCAGGCCGACCCUAGCAAGCUAGCGUCGUUGAUGAAAAACGAGGCGUUCGACGAGACCCACAUGAUCGAAGAAGCUAUGGAGAGGGAAGAAGGAUUGGCGGAUUUUAUCGUCUAUGGGGCCAAUCUAACCUUUGUGAACCUCGAAGAAGCCGGGUUUUACGAGUUUGAGUAUAGGGGAGAAAAGGCAAUUAGGGUGAGCUAUAAAAUGGAUGGUGUUGGUGAGAAGGGGUUGGUUAUGGUGCUUUCGGGGCCGAAAGGCGAAGGAAGGUCCGUCGUGGUGGUUGUGCCGGAGAAUGAGAUCGGUGGGCUCAAAAUGGAGUUGGAAAGGGAGGGCUUUGGAUUUGGGGCAUGA